GCAACAGGGCUCAGAACUGCGCACGUAUGGACGGUGAGCCCCCGCUUUAGCUUGCAUGUGACUUCUCUUUGCAAGUGUGAAAAUUGCACUGAAAACAUGUUGUUCGAAUCGGAAAGCACCAAACCUUCCGUGUAUGACCAAAUAGCGGAUUUGCAGCGUAAAAUUCAACUUUUAGAGAGUGACAGGAGUGCCUAUUAUGAGAGCUCUCAGUCUGCCCUGGAGAAAAACCGCCAGAACAUCCUGCAGCUACGGGAGGAGAACAGAGAAUUGCAGAAGAGGGUGUCGGAGGCCGAGGCUGAUGAACAACAAUUUGUCCAAUCGGCCUUACAUGGUCGAGGCGUGGAAAAGGACACUGGGCCGCCAAUGUCAGGCAAGGCAGCUCUAUCCAAACUUGAACACCGGGUGGCGUCCAAGAUGAAGCGGCUCAAUGCCCUGAGACACACUACCCUGACUCACCAGCGCCGGCUAGAUGAGCUAAAGAGGGAGUGCCUCAGACUGGAAGCAGUCGGCUUCAACCAAGUACUCUCUGAAAAGGAGGAUAUCACACUGAAAUUGCGGUCGCUGCAGAAGUCUCUGGAGGAGAACCAGGUCAAGUGCAAGGGGGCUGCAAACACCAUGACUAACUAUCUGAAACUGAAGCGACACUUGCAGGAGGAGAGUCUCACUUUCCAGGGUCAGAUAGACGGUCUUGAAGCGGAAAUCAUGAAAUACAGGCGGGAACUGCAGAAUGUGCAGGAUAUGAACAACAAAGCCCAGCUCUCCAAAGAAAUGGCAUUUACUGAGUUACAGCAGCAGGAGGAAUUGUUUUACAAGGAACACCAAGAAAAAGAUUAUCUUCUAGCAAUCUACCGAAAGAGGGUGCAGGAGAUCAAGGCCCGGGCUGAAAAGCUGGAUGCUCAGAGGAAAAAUGUACAACAGGAUGAGCUGAACAAUGAAGCUGAGUCCAGCGCUGCCAUGUUGGCUGCUGAAAUGGAGCAGAGCAUCUGCAUGUUUGAUGAGACCCUCCAAAGUAUGAAGGAUGCCACGGGUUACACAGACACACAGGAGGUCAUGGAUCGUUACAUCGCCCAAAGGGAGACUCACCGACAUCUGCAAGCGCUGAAAGCAGAUAAUGCGUAUGUUCUCCUGGAGCUAAAAGAGCAGAAGGUGCAACUGAACCAACAGUUUGAGGACAUGAAGUAUUCAGGAGAAACAAAACUGUCCAGUGAGCAGAGAAUGCUGGACGAGUGUGAGCAGGAGCUGCUGGCUAAACAGCACAGCUGCGAAACAGCUAAGGAACGCCUGUCAUCCGUCGUUAAAACCCUCAGCACUAUCCAAGCUGGAGUGGAGCACCUAGCGGAAAAGCUUAAGCACAUCUCUCUGAAUGAACCACCGUCAGAUGUGUCUCCAAAUUCAGAAGAGUUGGUGGUGCAGCUGCUGAGCCAGUGUGAACGGAAGGUCCGCUUACUCCAGGGCAAGCUUCACGGAAAAGACCUCAAUGAGAUUGCGAAGGACAUGGAGGAAGAGGAGUUCUAUUUUAUGAUUGAGAAACAACUGCCUUCAUACAACAAGCGAGUCACUGUGGCUGAGGACCAAGAGAUGGGACUCUUAACCAACGAGGACGACAAUGAGGAGGAUGAGGGUAUCCUCUCACGAGAAGCAUUGAAGCGUCGCUCUCAGGCUAUGAUUGACGCCAUGUCUAACAAGAAAACCUGGAAGAUGAAGAAGGGCAAGUAAAUGUAAGCCCAAAGGCUAGACAGGGUGAUAGAAGGUAGAUGGAUGGAUGAAAGAAAAUAAAAUAAAAGAAAUGACGAGAAGAGCACUCAAUGAUUUAAAAAAAAAAAGAAGAAACAAAAAAUUAAAUAUACAUCCAGUAUAAGUGGUCACUGAGAAUUCUUACGGAUGAGUGAGAAGACUCAAAGAGAUGAAAAAAAGGGACCUUACUUGGACAUGACAAACUCCAGGACUGUGAGUGAAGCCUGGAGUCACUUUGCUUAGCUCUAUUUGCAGUUAAAGUAUUAUCUUUUUAUUCUUAAAUGAUCUUUUGGGUCAUAUCAUUUUUAGAGACCCCACGAACCUCAGGGUUGUAACUGCUUCUGGGUCAGGAGGUCAAAGUUGACUUGGUAUAAAAGGUCGAACUGUGCAUGAAGAAGACAGAACAAGAUCUUGUGCAAGAGGGAUUAAUAGAACUCAUUUGAAGUUUAUUUGAAGGUUGCUAGGCGGAGUGAGCUUAGUUCUUUCACUAAAUUUGAGAACAAUAGUUUUAGAAAUGGCUGAAAGCAACUGCAGUGAUGUUCUGUAUUGAAUUGUAAGUAUCAAUAGCUGUCCUGGAAUUAACCAGGUAGACAGGUUUUUACAGUGAACAAAACCUCUUUGACUCACUUGAACAAUAAAUUGUUUUUGUUUGUUUGUUUGUUUGUCUAUUUAAAUCGUUGUUGUUGACACCAGGAAACAAAAGCAUCAAAAAAAUAUUUUGACAAUUAAAAAAUGACUUUCCAGUAAGUGAAAUGAGAAAUUUGCUGAAUGUUAAAUUGCAUUGCCCUGGAUGAUGAUUAUUUCUUGCACAGAAUGUUGUAUUUGUGUAGUAACAUUUGAUAUUAUACAUUCGAUAACUUCAGAACAAUAUUUCCCCCACCCGCCUUGAAUCUUGCUUGAAAUGUACUUGCCCGAGUUGAAUGUUUGAGUUUAUGAAACAUGUCUACUGUAAUCUUAAAAACAACCAGUGUGUGUGUACACUCAGGUCCAUAAGUAUUGGGUCAUCGAUGCCAUUCUCAUUUCUUUGGCUCCAAAUAAUUGAUCAAAAGUAAAACCAACAAGAUGUGUUCACACUGAUGACUUCUAGUUUUAAUUUGAGUGUAUUUAGAUCCAAAUAAGGUGAUGUCUGUACUGCCUCGGGCUGUAGUUGACUGCAAUGGUCUUGCAAAUAAGUAUCAAAAGUGAAUGUAGGAUUUAUUACUUAGUUACUUUUGGGUCCUUUAACAAGUGUUGUAACUGUUGUAAUUGCUACAUUCCACCUAGUUUGGAUGUAAAUACGCUCAAAUAGCAACUGAAAGUCUACAGUUCAAGCACAGUUUGUUCAUUUUAUUUUAAAUCCAUUGUGGUGGUGUUUAGAGCCAUAACGAUGAGAAUAAUUGUGUCAAUGUCCCAAUGCUUAUGGACAAGACUGUAUUUCUGUGUAGCUAACUAAUAUAGAAACCUCAAGUCUGUAGACACACAAAAAAUUAAAAAAAAAAGUAUAUGACCCCACUGGAAUUAAUAACUAGUUGAGCCUCCCCUGGCGUAAGUACCCUCACCCAUCCGUUUGCUGUAUUGCAUAUUCCUACUACACGACGCUUGAGGAAUUUGGAUAGUUUUCUAGAAAUAUCUCUGGAAUGUCUGCUGUAGAGGUAUCAAGGAGUCCUAGUAGUAGUAGCCUUACAGUUCUGAAGUUGGGGGUUUGAAUCCGAGGUCCACUUCGUGUGUGGAGUUUGCACAUUUUCCCCAUGCUUGCAUGUUUGUUCGCCCUGCAAUUGGCUGGCAAUCAGUUGAGGGGUGUCCCCUUGCAGACUUGUCAACAUAGAUGUGAGCAGAUUUCUCUAAUUCUUCUCAUUGUGGACUGAAGAACACUAAGGUUUUAAAGAGACAUUUACAACUCUUUCCAGCUUUAUAUAAAGCCACACAUUACAGUAUGUAAUUGUGAGUAUCCACCGAGCUCUUAUGUGCGAGGCUUGGCCCACACAGGACAAUGCUUCUUAAGAAUAGAAAACUCAUACCUGGUUUGUAUUUUUUUAUAAGGCCCUGUCCUAUAAACGCCUCAAAUCUCAUCACAUUGAUUGGUUGGUUGACUUUGCCUCGUGGUUCAUAUCCUUUUAGCUCCCUGCACUGUGAUUGUUCACUUGUCCAAUAA